AUGAUCACCAAAUUCAUGACCGAGGUUUCGGCCAAGUUCAACCCUUUCUCGACAUGCGCAAAGCCCGCUCGCCUCUUCCUCACAUUCAUGCCUCCGAACGCCCGAGCCAACGGAACAACAAUCACAUCAACGGUUCUACCUCGAAAUUCCACAGAGCCUAGCUCCCUGCGAGUAAAGUUCAAGGAUGGCAAGGAGCUCAACUUUGACUGCCAAAAAACCAACAUCAAGGGACUGGUCGAGGAGGUAGACAGACAUUCACGCCAACUGCAGAAGGCUGCCGAUUUGACCGAUUAG